UGAACUAAAAAUUAUGGAAUCAAGCAGUUGUUGUAACUGUGGGAAGACCUUUAUAGCUAAAGGAAAGUCACGCGGAAGAAAGAGUCUACAAUCGACUGCUGUCAUAAACAGAGUAAACAGGACUCUGCAAGAUUUGAUUGAAGAGGAGCUUGAUGUGAUAUUAACCCCCCACCAGAAACGCCAGCGUUUCCUCUGUGCUUCAUGCUCGUGGGCAGUCAUAUCAAUGGCCAAAUCUUCUGUGGCAAAGAAAGAAGCCUUAACUAAGAUCAGAGAGCAUGGAGAGACAAGUUACCUCGCUAAAAAAAUUAGAAGUCCGGUGCCUACCCCCCGAAAAAUUAAGAAGAUGAGGGUUACUUCUCCUCGAAAAGUAAGUUCUUGGAAAUGAACGUGACAUUUGCAGGUUCAGCACAACAUCUAUAUUUAGUUAUAUAAAGCUAUUUGAAAUAGCUUGAUUUAACUGUUUCAAAUCUGUUAUCAAAUUCUAAAUGCAUAAAAAUCGAAUUUCGGUGAGUGAACGUAUUUCAUCCUUGAAGUGCAAACAACUCGUACAAUGUAAACAAAAAAUUAUUUUUAAACAGUUAAACUACAAUUCCUUAGGAGGAAUUUUGAUUCACAAUUGUCAAAUGUUAUGAACUCUGAUUAGAAUAGAGCUGUGGUUAGUUCAAAGUAUUUUUGUAUUGCUUGUAGGAGUUAUGAGAUUGAUCACUGUUCGUUAAUAUCUUCACCUUGCAUAGAGACAUUGAAAGUUUAUUAUUUGAUUUUUUAGCUAUACAACUUCAAUUAAGGAAUUCAAUUUAAACUAGCUUAAUCAUGAUAUUUCAAAUAUAUGUAUAGCUUUAUAAAGCUAUAUAGUUUAAUAAAGCUAUAUAACCAAAAAGAAAGAAGAGAGAGAGAGAGAUUUCUGGACCUGGUUAGGUUCCUGUGUCAUAGAGUUAAAUAAAUUCAAUUUUGAACUGAAUCGCACUUUUCCACAGUAAAAUUCUUUUUGUGUAUGUGAGACUGAGAUCCGAAAGUGAGCUUGUCUAAGUUUAUGGCCCAGAAGUAGAUGAAGAAAAAGCUGCAAUGAAGUAGCCCUCUAAUUUUUGUUGUUGUUUUUUUUUUUUUUUGAGAGCUCUAUCCUAGGAUGUCAGAAUUAAAAAAAAAAUCAGAGAGGGCUACAUUAUUGCAUCUAGAUGAAGACCCUAUUCAUUUUGUUACUACUCUACAGCUAAUUAACAUUUACCAAUAACGUAUAUAUGAAUAUUUUUUGUAUCAAUGAAUUACAGGAACCAGAAUGCCAAACUGUUCCCACACCACCAAAGAAAAGGAAACAGGUAAAAAGUAUUUUGAUUAAAGCAAUUGAACUGAAUAAACAUAUGUAUACCACUUUAUAAUGAACAAGUUUUCCUUCAUGCAUUUUUUUUAAAGAUACAUGUAGAAUGAAACUUUAAAAAAUAUCAAUAAAUGUCAGAACAUUUUAUGAGAUGAUAAUGGUGUAAUAAUAAUGUAAUGUGAUGCUGUCCAAGAAUAAGGCAGAUGUUAUGAUCACAGUUUACUUACAAAUAUACACAUUAUUACACACAACAUUUAUGUUGAACAACUUCCAAUACUUUAAGUUCAUUACAUACACAUCAGUUCCUGUGCCUAUAGUGCAGAAUUGAUAUCUAUCUGUAUUAAACUCCAAUAUAGAAAUGACUCUAACUUCCCAGCUAAAAUCGUAAAGCACCAGUAAUUAAUGUUUAUAACAAAUAUUAAACAAUGAACCCCUAUAUUCCCAUGAGAACAUCCGCAAUCACAAAUCUAUGAUGCUGACAGACAUACCCCUUUGCCCAUUAAGAUAAAAGUAUAGAGCAGUAAAUGCUGAGCGUGCAUAUAAACAAUCAGAAUUAGUCAAACUCCAAAUUAUGAUAGAAAGUCUCUGCAGGAUACCUAAUACAAAUUACUGUGCAAAUGUUGUAAGUAACCUACUACUGAAUAUAUAUGUAACCUUGUAACAGAAUACUUUAUUUCUAAUUUAGAGUCCAAAAUAGACGAACAUAAAAUACUAACAAAAAUCAAAAGAAGAGAGCCAAUUGAUAAAAUGUUUCCAUAACAAGAGAUGAUGAUAUACAUUACUAUAUCAUGUUAUUAAUACUAGAUCUGCCCACAAGAUCAAGAAUUUCUUUCUUGUCUGAGUUGAGUAGCCAAAAUAGUUUUCGUUCAUUAUUUAAAGCAGAAGAAUUUAUAUAUGUUUUCAAUAGAUUUAAAUAAUUAUUUCUUUUCCUUUUGUUUUCAUAAUUUUCACAUACAUGAUGAAUAAUUACACAUUCCAGUUAACUCCACCAGAAAUGGAAGUGAACAAGGCCCUCAAUUGUAUUAAACAGAGGAAAUACAGUAGAGGCCUGUCACUACUAAUAAAAGCAAGGAAGGGUUUUAGGAAAGCAAUUCUAACCUAUACCCACAAUACAGUUCGAGCUGAAGUGAGAAGCUUAUGCAGGGACAAGCCAUCAUCCUUCAAAGGUGGAAAGACUCUGGGAGAAAUUAGUGGUUUUGACUGGGAAAAGCAGUUCACAGAACUACAAACAAAGUGUCCCACUCUCUCAAGUGUGUUGAUUGGAGCACUCACAUCAGAAAGAUCUAUGCCUUAUUUUGGACUUGCAUCAAAACCUUCCUUGUCUGCAAAACCAGUAAUCGGCACAAUUGCCUCCAUUAUCACAUUUGAAAGAAAGCCAAAGACUUUGAAUUAUUUCCAACAACUAAAUUCUGUUCAAAUGUGGCUUGCUGGCUGUCAAAGAGAGAUGUUCAGCAGAUUAAAUCAUCUGGGGUUGUGCAUUGGGAUCAAAGGAACUAGAAGCUACCUUGACCACAUAAGAACAAGCUAUGACGCAGAAGUUUUAAAGUGGAAAACCAACAUCAGUGACUACCUCCUUGGACUUCAGUCAGACAGUUCAGCCUCUGCUGCUUAUACCAUCCCAUAUGCUGACAGUGAAGCAACUCUUUCAAUUGAUUCUUUUCCCUCAUCAACAGCUUCAUCACCUCAAAGACAGCAUAAUUCACCGAUAAGAAGAGGAAAUUUUCAAGCACAUAUGCAGGAUUCACCACAACUUCAUUCAGACGAAGAUAUGGUUUUAAGUUCCACAAAAAGUACAUCAGAUGUAGAGGAAAACAUGUCUCAUAGUGACAAGUCUUUGCCAAAAGGUCGAUAUGGAUUUUCCUUGUGCUUUGAUAAUGUAAAUCAAAGAACUACUGUCAGACAUCAAACAAGGGACAACAAGAACAAGAUGUUUAACAUGGUUCAAGGAUAUGCAGCACUUGACAGAGUUCCAACUCUUCAUCUUAAUGAUGUUCCUCCCUUACCAGAAAGUAUAAAGACCAUUCCGUUGGAAAACUACCUUCCAUCUGAGAUGGAUGAAGUUGAUCUUCGGUUUGAAUUCACCACAAUUAUCAACAGAAUUAUGUGUGAAUAUAUUCCCAUCUUCAAACCUUUGGCAACUGCUAUAAACUGGCAUAUCCAGCAUAGAUACUCACAGAUUUCUGCUUCAAAAAGUCAUCUGGUCCCAAUUGGUGUUUUGGAUAAGGAUGAAAGCAGAGUUUCUGACACCAUAGACAUCCUUGAGGAGUAUCACAAAUAUGUUCCACUUAAGCCAAAUGGACAACCUUUCCCAUUGGUCUUGCAUGCAGAUGGCCUGAGCGUUGAAAGGGGUAACAAUGCCCAGAAUGCCCGAAUAAAUGGAAAUACUGCAUGGACACAGUUACAAGGCUUACAAAUGAAUAUUCAAGAAUGGCACAAAAGAUGUCUUUUGCUACAGGACAUUUUUGAUGAGAUGUACAAAGGUUCAAGUGGAAGGGAAAUAGGCACCCUCUUUCAGUUGAAGAACUAUUUCAAUCAUCGUAAUGUGACGAGUAAUGUCAAACAGUCAUUUAAUCAUGAUGAAGAGUUUUUGGAGUUUACAACAAAUGGAUAUGUUGUAUUAGCUGCUAUGCAUGUUAUGAACUUGCAAGAUUUGGAUGAAAUUCCCAAGUCUUUCCCAAAUACAGAAGACAAACAAAUGCAUUUCCUUCAUAAUGUGUCAGGGAAAAUAGUCGAUAUGAUGUUCCUGUCAACUCAGCCAUAUGUAAAACACAUUUUACAAGACCGAGGCCAUGACCUGGAACCAGACAGUGAAUUUUGUGUGUGCAGGACAGAACAUCAAGACCUUGAAAUGAUAUACUGUGCAAAUAAAGAUUGUAUGUUUGGGGGAUGGUUCCACUUGGACUGCUUAGGUCUUGAGGAAGAACCUGAUGGAGACUGGUGGUGUUCACCUGAAUGCAGGAAUUACCAACCCGGGAAGAAAAAGAAAACAACAGUUGCUGACAACCUGACAGACCACAAAAAAAGCUACGCUUUAAAAGUUAUGUGGCAUGGGUUGAACCAAAGAGUACGCCGUGAUGCUCUACGAGAAAAUGACGGGAACCGCAUUAUCAUGCAUUGGAAAUUUGACUUGUUAAAUUUCUUCGAGCACAAUCAUCCAAAGUACUUCCAUGUCUGUCAUCAACUAUUAUCAGCAAUUAAUGGUGCAGUUAGCCCUAGACUUCAGCAUUCACUGAAGUGGAAUAGAACAGUUAAUCCAAAUGGUGGACCUGGAAAGAAUCUGGAAAUGGAUCUUCAGAUGGAGUUCUUUAACAAAGAAUACAAGGAAAGCGUCAAAGAUGCUGCAGGACAACUGACAGAAGCAACAAUUGCCAGACAUAGCCAGAUGGUGGGCGUUGGCAAAGUCAUCAGCAGUGUUUAUGAGAAGCAGGUGGCUUCUGUGCAGAGGUCUGCUGUACAGACAACAGAUACUCAUUGUAGAGAAAAUGAUAUUGUGGAAUUUGUGUCUAUGAUGAGGGGAGAAAACAUUUUCAAGGCAAAUCCUGGUCGACAUUUUAAAACUUUUCCAGAUGUUACACAUGUCCUAUUCAGGAAAAUCUCAGCCAGUGCAUUCAAAAAAAGACUCAUCAGACUAAGAAAGGAACUGGCAGAUCAUAGGGAAAUUACAAUCCAAAUGCAGAGAAACUAACUGUAUAUAUGCAAUAUUGCUAAUAAUUAAGGUCUGUCCAUGUUUUCAUAGUGAAAAUUCAGUAAUUAAUAGAAAAAGGUAGAUGUAUGUAUAGGGUAUUUUUUAAUUUUUCAGAAAUGCAGCAAAAUAUUUGCACUGACAAGUACA